GUAUAAAAACGUAGAAACAUUGGACCUCUAAUUUCUUUUUCUUUUCAUCAAAUAAAAACAUCAUGGUCUCCAAAUCAUUCAUUACUUUCGCUCUUCUUAUCUGUGCUGUCUCCAGUGCCCCAGUUAAAGGUAAAUCAAAUGCCGAUGUUCCUGAUAAUACCAAUGGUGCAGAUGGUAAAAUAAACAAGCGGGGCCAAAUUCUUGCCAGACAAUUAGCUUCUGUCGAGGUCGAUCCUCAGGUAGAUCCUUAUGUGAACAACUUUUCACCUUUUUCUUUCGACAAUGAAAGUCAUGGUAUUCUUUCUGUCGAACCUGUAGCAAACACUUUUGUCAGUCCUGUAUUAUCCUAUUGAUCCAUACCUAAUUCCUUCAGUUGUAUAUCAAGAUAGCUGAUCCUGUUGUAUAUUCAUCCAAUUGACCCUUCUUUGUAACCAAUAAUAUGAUCCAGUUGUAUCGCUACCUGGUUGUAUUCUAUUCACAUAAUAUGGGGGUAUAUCUAUAGAUAUAUAUAGGAGGUCUCAAACAAUCAUAAAAAGUGAUUAGUAUCGCUGUUGCAAUUCAACACUUUCUGUUGUCUCUUGACAUUACCUUUCAUGUGUUGACUACAAACCAGAUAACAAUGGAAGAAGACGCUGGUAACAUACUAUGUAAACGUUCAAAGAGAAUGAAGAAGAUGAAUAAGGUUCCAAUCAAGGUAGAUCAAAAACGUAAUGAGG